CAUGAAUUACACUUUCUUUAUGAAGGUAAAUGUGAUUGUCAGUGUAAAAUAAUCAAUUAAAUCGAUUAUUUCAAUUAAUCAUAAAUAAAUAUAACUCAAGAUUAAUCUAUUAAUUGAAUCAAUAUUGAACAUCCCUACAUAUGCCAAACUCUAAGUAGGUAGGUGGAAUGGAAGGUACGUCAAACGUCAUGAGAACUAGGUCGAAAAAAUAGUAGUUACAUGUCUAACUUUGCAUUAUUUUAACUACAUUAAGGCCCCCUUCGGGAGAAAACUAUAGCAUAAGCAACGCAGUUGAGGGUCUAUCCCACGAUGAUAAAUUGCUUCUACGGGAUAGAUAGUACAUAACCUCGGUGGAAUCUUAAUCAAAGAACAGAAGAUUACUUCCUUAUGGCAUAGUAAAUAUGGCUGACAAACUUACCUUGGAUUAUACUGAAAGAGAGCUGAAUUUGGGUGCCAGCUUUACGAAUAAUAAGUCCUCACAAUAUCAUACAAUUAAAUAUGAUUUCAAGCCAGCAUCCGUUGAUGUCAACAAAAUGGCGACGGUUGACGUCGGUACCACUAAUCAAGUGACUGUAACAGUACCUCACCUUGAUGGUGCAGGUGUACCACAAACAGUAUUUAAGGGUAGCCAGAGGCCUUACACAAAAGAAUGUGUGCUAAUCAUUGAUAAGGUCACCGGGGAAAUCACAUUAGAGAAACUAUCUAGUAAUAUCCAAGUUAAAAAGACAAGGCAAGAGACGAACCAGAAGCCGAGGCCGUUGACCCCUGUCACUACGGACUUUACGAACACCACACAGCGGUCCACUUCACGUACCAGGGUUGCCACCAAUCGCCGCACCAACAAUAAUGCAGCAUCGGCUGGCGUGCAACCUAACCAGAGAUUCAAUGGAAAUAUGAACGUCCACAAACCUCCGCCCAAUAUGGUUCGAUCCCCGCCAAGAGUGAAAACCUCCCCUCCACAAGCUGCGCCUUGGUCAGGCGGCGGGAACAGUACCCUCGCGUCGCUCCCCAUGAUAGGGCUCGACGAGCCCUCCCCCGCGCCCGCGCUUACCGCCCCCGUCCCUCCCGUGGCCCUCCACAACGGGUACGCUCGCGAGCGGCACGAGCGCCCCGAGCGGCCGGAGCGCAGCGAGCGUAGCGAGCGCCCGGACAGGCAGUACGAGCGGCCGGCCCCGCCGCCUGUUAGUGCUCACGUGCCGCCCGCGCUACAGCCCGAACAAAUGUUCGUUCCUCGCAAACCCGUUAAGCAAGAGGACAGCUCGUCAAGUUCGUCGAGCGAUAGCGAUAGCGGUUCCGAUAGCGGCAGCGAUAGCGAAGACGAUAACACAAACACCAGGCACCACGCCCCUAACGGCGGCGUGACCAACCCCGCAUUGCCCACGGACGUGCUCAACGACGACCUGUGCCUCUCAGAGUCAGGCAGCGACUCCGACUGACCUCACGACACUCGUCUCACUCUAGCUAUACUCGCUCAAAUCACAUGAAACCCUACAAUCGUACUCUUCUCUACACUCCUGGCGCAAGUCUCGCAGAUAUCACAUACGUGGGAUAAGAAACCAAAAUUGCCUAAGAGACACACAUAAUAUCCUACAAUCCUACACUUUCCACACUGCUUCUACAAACAUCUUCACAACACUCGUCUCACUUUAGCUAUACUCCCUCAAAUCACAUGAAACUCUACAAUCGUACACUUCUCUACACUCCCGGUGCAAGUCUCGAAGAGAUCACAUACGUGGGAUAAGAAACCAAAAUUGCGUAAGACAGACAUAAUAUCCUACAAUCCUACACUUUCCACACUGCUUCUACAAACUCACUCCCACAAACAUCUUCGCGACACUCGUCUCACUCUAGCUAUGCUCGCUCAACUCACAUUAAACCACAGACAUAGAUCGAAAUAGAUAACGCAAGUGUAUGUACUUCGCGUGCCAAAUAUGGAGACAGAUGGUCUUCCUUUUAAGCUUAUUUAUUUCUUCGCAUCACCGUUAUCGAUAUCGUCAAUCGCAAUGUUUUAAACUAUCUAACUAUGUCAUAUUAAGGUAUAAAAAUCAUAUAAUAAUUGUGAUUCCAUGCUUUUUCACCACUUAACUUGUUCUCGUUAGUACUCUAAAUCACAUCUCUAAACACAUACGGCGUCUACUUCAAUCUGGGUCUGUGCAUGAAACUCUACAAUCGUAAACUUUUCCACAUUUCCGUUGGCGCAAUUCUCGAAGAGAUCACAUAUAAGGGAUAAGAAACCAUCAUUGCGUAAGUUGAAAAAUUCUCAGAUUUUCUAAAAUAUUAGGACGUCAUGUAAAUUAUCCCACUGCACUGAUUUUGAUUGCGAACUAAACGCUUUCUGUUAAUAUUACGAAACAUAAAACUCUUGUUUUAGUCAGCAUUUUGUUAAGAUCUUUUGUGAGACUUUAAAAUCUUGAAGCGUCGAACAAAUUAACUCAACGCUUUAGAUCUGAUAAAUAUUUCUGAUUGUAUAUUAAAAGACGUCUCUUUCUAUUAUUUACGUUUUUUGUCAUCCAAUUUUACUUCUUAGACUAUAUAACCACAAAUGCUAAUACUAUCAACUUUAUAUAGUGUUAUUCGCUAGGUUAGAAACUUCUGCGCGCUUGAUGAAAACGUGCUUUAACAGAUAAUGUUCUAUGGGUCAAUAUAUAUUGCAAGUGAAGUACAAUGAAGUUUAAAAUUUCGCAUACCAAAUUGUGCUUUAUCUUCAUAGCUUAAUGAACGAAUUUGCAUGAAGAAGAGACCGUUGUGAGAAUUUGAAAGGCAUAUAACCAAGUGGAUGGCGUCUUUCAAUUGAAAUAGCUAUAUCGCUAUAUAAUUCUCAGUGAAGUAUUGCCAUAUAAAUUGACCCUAAUGGUCUGUCUCAUCUUUUGCGCUGGACACAAAACGAGACCGAAUGCAUUUGUAAGUAAUGAAAAUGAGAUUUUUAUUUUAUAUAAUGUCUGGUUCUGGGAGUAUAUGUAAAUAAUGUUAAGUUUGACUAUUAACUUUUUAGUUAUAUUGCUCAAUUACUUUCAUCUAGGCAAAUUUGUAUGUUACCGAAUUCCAAGUUAGUCGAAAUUAAGGUAAUUUAAGUAUGUUUAAGUUUUCCCUUGCUUCGCUAUUUCAAUGAAUAAAAAGCAGAAUUUACUUCUGUUAUAUUUAUUAAAUUGGAAUAGUUUAAACUAAUUUUAAUGGAAUCAAUUCUUAUUUCAUUAAUUAAUGGGUAUCAUGUUACGCAAAUAUUGUGUUUUAAGUUUUUCUCUUUUAUUUUCAAAUGAAAUUUGAAGAAAUAAUAAGUGAUAUCAUGAAGUCAUCCACAUUGUAUUCUAUUUAAUGUAAUAUACUUCAUUAAGUCAGCACAUUUCGUUUAUUUAAUUUAAAUUCUGUUAAAAACAUCGCUACUGAUUAAGAAAUAAAAUGUAUGCAUGGACAAAGUGUUACGACUCUUGCCAUGAUAUGUAUAUAUGUUAUAAUUAUACGGUACAUUUAGUAGUACUAUAUCAAGUAUAACCCGGCUAAAUGAAGACUGUACCAAGAUUGUGUACCUUUUCUAUGACUUAAGAUGAAACCGUAACCGUACAGAAUGGACUGAGCAAUAUCAACAUCAGAUACAAGAGCAUAAAACUUUCGUGCAGCCAAUACCUAUAGCACUUUACUUGGCUAUUCGUAUUUGCUAUUUGUAAACUUUGACAAAAGUCUGUCCUUAUCAUGCUUUAUAAGGAAUAUAAAAAGGACAGACUGAUGUCAAGUCUACAAAUUGCAAAUACGAAUAACCAGGUGACGUGCCAUCAUAACUACUGUCCACACGAUCGCUUCGUCUCUCACAUUAUUCUUUGGCGUUGUCCUAAUUGGCAACGAUCGUGCGAUGGCGCGAUGCGUUCUCAUCGUGCGAUGAUUUGCAAACAUAAAGAUUUCUUCAGACGUGUCCUAUUACAGCUUGUAAGCCGUCGCACGAGCACAGAUACAUUAUUUUGAUCCCACGAUGAGAUCGCAUCGUGUCAUCGCACGAUCGUUGCCAAUUAGGACGACGACUAUCCGUAUUUACUUUACAGCUGGUAAAUCCUUAACAACCACCCAUUAUUUAUGUUAUAAUUAUAUGCAGACUCCUCUUUCCCAGUGGGCACUUUGGGCAAGUGCCCAGAGGCCCGCGAUCGAUAGGGGCCCCCUCUCAGAUCAAAUACAAAGUCCCUAGUUCCUGUUUAAUCACCAAACGGGGGUCAUAGGGGCUCCAUUAUCCUAAUAUGCACAGGGCCUCCAAUAGGUUAAAGACGGC